UGAGAGAGGGAGAAAGAAAGAGAGAGAGAGGUUGAGGUAGAGAGAGAGAGAACGGCCAGCCUCCCCGCGCCUAGCUGAGCUGAGCCGAGCCAGCUUCACGCACAUAGGAGCGCAUCUGUUUGGGAUCAGCAGUUUCUGCUAAGCUCAGUCAGUUGUAACCGAGAGUCAACAGGAGUGGGAAGUGGAAGAUAAGUUUUUGUGUGGACUUCUUGAGUUCCCAGACACGGGACGCAUUUGUUUUGUGACCUAUUUGUUGUUUACGCUUCCGAAUGGACGGACGGGAUGGUUUUUCUGUGAUCGGGAAAACCAGAUGAACAGAAAAGCUUUUUUUCUCCGCCUCUCAAAGUAAUUUUAAUGCUAUUGAGGCUGGAUGUAAGCAAACGUCGUUUUGCUUGGAAAACUUAAGGUCUACCCUGCUGGCUUGGAGGCGUUGUUUGUGCGUUCUGUAUUCGAGGAUCUAUUUGGCUCGCUUAUUGUAAUUGCUCAGUUUUUCACUACUGUAUCACAUUUGCGUCAUGACUUCUAGCUAUGCACAUGUAAUGGACAGGCAAGCAACGAUAUCAAACCGCCUGGAGAGCCCGAUUACUUCUAAUCUGGAAAACCUGCAAGCGAAAAAGAACUUCUCAGUGAGCCACUUGUUGGAUCUGGAAGAGGCCGGGGAAAUGGUUGGGACCCAAGCGGACGAGAGUGUCGGCGAGGCGGGGAGGAGUAUGCUGGAGUCCCCGGGACUGACCAGCGGGAGCGACACCACUCAACAGGAGAACGAGCAGCUGAACGCGGAGGAGAAGAAGAAGAGGAAACAGAGGAGGAACAGGACCACGUUCAACAGCAGCCAGCUGCAGGCUCUGGAGAGGGUGUUCGAGAGGACACACUACCCCGACGCCUUCGUCAGAGAGGACCUGGCACGCAGGGUCAACCUCACCGAGGCACGGGUGCAGGUGUGGUUCCAGAACAGGAGGGCAAAGUUUCGCAGGAACGAACGUGCCAUGCUGGCUAGCAAGAACGCCUCCCUCCUCAAGUCGUACUCCGGCGACGUCACGGCAGUGGAGCAGCCCAUCGUCCCGCGACCCGCGCCGCGCCCAAACGACUACCUUUCCUGGGGUAGCGCUGCUCCUUACAGCUGGUAUCCAAUGGCGGAGGGAGGGCCAAUCCGAGUGCCACAGAAAAUACUGCCCUCAGAAAGCAAUGCCAUGGCAACCUACCCUCCCACAUGUUCCAACACCAAUACCUCCCAGGGAAUGAACAUGGCCAACAGCAUUGCCAACCUGCGGCUCAAAGCCAAGGAGUACAGCUUAAACCAGGUGCCCACGGUCAACUGAGGGGGGAGAGAGGCGGGGGAGAGGAGAGAGAGAGAGAGAGCGGGGGAGGGAGACUGCAGUGGUGGGGCUGAGAUGGGAGAGGGGCUCUCUCUCUCUAACGUCCAACCUCCCCCCCCCUCCUCCUCCUCCCCUCUGUGACUCCCUGGGGACGAUCACCAUCCGAUUUCCCCGCCACGGAAUUUGAGCUUGACGUCUCACUGGUCCUGAACUCCACCUCUCUCUCUCUCGACGAACGUGCCACCUAUACGCAAACCUGUAGCACCCGACGGAUACAGAGAAGCAAGGCCUCCCCCCUGGGGCCUGCCUUCCCCUGAGCACCGCUGAUCACUGUACUGACAAGAAAGACAUGGAGACAGGGACGUUUUAGACGGCUAGAUGAGUAGUUUGCCUUUUUCGAUUUUCGGUACGGACUCGAUGGAGGACUAGCUUCCAAAGAAUUCCGCGGAGAGGCAUCCUCCGAUCUUGACUCUCUGUGUUUGCCCACCGUGCCCAGGUAAGCGUGCUCAAGAGACCCCUGUGAGGACUACUGGGGAUUCGAUAUCUUCUCUGGGCCACGCUUUGGAUAGGAUUAUAACACCAGACAGGGACCACGAACUCUCCAAUCAACAAUGACAAUAUGGACGUUCUAUUCAGUGUUAGUUGGAGUGUUGAAACCUAUGAAUCCUUGCAACAAAGAUCCAUAUUUGAUAACAUUAUUUAGGUGGAUCGACGUAUUAUAAAUAGACUGUUUGGUUUUGGUAUUAUUCGCAAAGUAUUAUGUCUUUAUUGAUGUUUUGGGAUGUAACAGUAUUAAGAUGAUUACAAUAUAUAUAAUAAAACAUGCUGAAAAGAGACAGCAAACACACAUG